GAGUAAAUCUUCAUAAGCGUACACUUGGAAGUUUUGUUUUGAAUAUGAUUUGUUUGCAAACAACGUUUUGAAAAAACAAAGGGACACUCUCAAACUAUCAAAGUAAACCUAUCCUCAACAAUGUCCUCUUUCGGCGAGUCUCACGCCCUGUGCCGUGUUUGUGCCAAGCCGUUCGAAAGCAGCACCAUGUUUCGACUGUUGGACGAAUUAGCUGACGCUUUCUGGCGAGUGUCAGAAAUCGAGAUCCUGGCGCAAGAUUCCGGAUUUCCACAAAGUUGCUGCCUAAUGUGUCGGGACCGGUUGCAGGAGGUGGGGGAAUUGAGGGCGCUGUGCUUGGAUUCUGACCGAAAGCUGCGUAAAAUGAUUGGCAUUGGCUUGAGGGAGGAGGAAGAGGGCGAUGGUAUCGGCAUGGAUAGUAUAGAUGCGAUUCCCAAGGUGGAGAUGCAAGAGGUUCCCGAAUCUUAUUCAUGCUGGGAAGACAUGGAGAACAGAUUUGAAUCCAGCGAAGAAGAUAACGACAAGGGAAAUCAUUUGGACUCAGUGCCAGACGUUGUGAAACAGACCCCCGGAAAGACGACUAAGGAAAAUGCUGAAUCUAAGGUUAAACGAAAACCUAAAGCUACGAAAUCUGGAUCGGAUAAACCACCACCAAAAACAAAGGGACCAAAAACUCCGAAGGAACCGAAAUCUUUCCAAUGCACGAUGUGCGGUAAAAUCUACAAAACCAGCUACAAUCUUAAAGAGCACGAAACGAGUCACAAUUCAGACCAAAAGAACCACAAAUGUCACAUUUGCUUGCGAGAUUUUGCACGACGGAAAUACUUCUUGGAGCACCUCCGGAUGCACGAAACGGAGAACCAAUUCAAAUGCAACGAGUGUGACAAAGCGUACAGUACUAAUAGGCUGCUGCAGCAGCACAUCCGAGUCAAGCACAGUGGCGAGCGUCCCUUCCAGUGCAGCAUCUGUCCGAAAAACUUUGCACGUGCUUCUUCUCUUCAUGUGCACGUUCAGUCAGUCCAUAAAAAGAUACGGAAAAAGACGUACAGAUGUGAUAAGUGUACGCGAUGUUUUGAAGGCAAAACCGCCUUCGAGCGGCAUAUGAACAGCCACGAAGGAAUCAAGCUGAACCAGUGUCCCCAUUGUGGUAACAAGUACGAGUUUAAGGCGUACCUGCUGCAGCACAUUGCCGAGAAACAUCCGGAAACGGUGGAGAAUCUCACUACGUGUCAGUUCUGUGGCGUGGGAUACAGCACGGAUGGAUACUACCGGAAACACAUCGUCAAGAGACAUCCGGAGCAUUUGGAAGUAUUUGAUCAGUGGAUGAAGGCAAAACGUGAGGAAGCUUCAACUUCAACGUGUUGAGAAAUAGUUGAUUGUUUGAUAUGAAAUUGAGUGGAAUUGAAAUAGUUUUCAUUGGCACAUUUUUAUUAAACAAGUAUUCUUAUAGACUAGAUAAUUCACAGUCCACUUAUGAUUCACCAGGGUGAAGAUCAGUUCGAAAAAUU